GUUUUUAUUCAAAUACGUGGCAUUUAAUCCCUAUAUUCACGUUUUUUGUCUUCUACUAAUGUACGUUUUGUCUUAAAAGUACUAUCUUUAUACAUCAAUAAAAGGAGUUUUGUGUAAUUGCAAUAUUUCAGAGUAAAGAGGUUAUGCGGUGACUGAGCAACCAAUACAAUUAUGUCUAAAAGAAGUCAACCAAGCUGGUCUCCUCCAGCUAGAGAGGAGAAGAGGCCGGUGCUGAAGUUGUACAAUAGCUUGACCCGACAGAAGGAGGAGUUUGUGUGCUCUGAGGGGAACAAAGUUAGCUGGUACAGUUGCGGCCCCACUGUUUAUGAUGCCUCCCACAUGGGACAUGCCAGGUCAUACAUUUCAUUUGACAUUCUACGUCGGAUUAUGAGCAACUACUUUGGCUAUGACAUCCUGUAUGUGAUGAACAUCACGGACAUUGAUGACAAGAUCAUCAAGAGGGCGAGACAGAACCACCUCUAUGAGAAGUAUGCCAAGGAGCAGAGGACUCUAAAUGAUACUGUUGAUGAUGCAACAUCGGUCAUGAAUUACUAUGAACAAGUUGUCAAAGACACUGCUGACCCAGAUAAAAAGAAUGCUAUGCAAAAAAUGCUGGAUAAUGUGGCAUCAGCUGUGAAAACCCUGAAGGCUGCAGUGGAAACUGGUGACGAGGAGAAGAUAGUAAAGGCUAAAUGUAACCUUCUGUCAUCAGCUAAAGACCCUCUCUCUGAUUGGCUAGACAGUAAGCAUGGUUCUACUGUCCAGGACAAUGCCAUCUUCACAGCACUACCUCGGUAUUGGGAGAAUGAGUUCCAUAAGGAUAUGAAAGCACUCAAUGUUCUUCCACCAGAUGUUCUAACAAGAGUCAGUGAAUACAUACCCCAAAUUGUUACAUUCAUAGAGAAAAUUAUACAAAAUGGCUUGGCUUAUGAAUCCAAUGGAUCAGUCUAUUUCAGUGUGAGUGAGUUUGAUGGGAAAGAGAAACAUCACUAUGCUAGACUUGUGCCUGAAGCUUAUGGUGACACCAAGUCAUUACAGGAAGGAGAAGGCGACCUAUCAGACGACACAGCGGAGAAGCGGUCACCGAACGACUUCGCCCUCUGGAAGCGCAGCAAGAGCGGCGAGCCGUCGUGGGCGUCGCCGUGGGGCCUCGGCCGCCCCGGCUGGCACAUCGAGUGCUCCGCCAUGGCCUCAGACAUCUGCGGCAAUAAGCUGGAUAUACACACCGGAGGAGUCGAUCUGAAGUUCCCGCACCAUGACAAUGAGCUGGCUCAGAGUGAGGCCCACUUCGACUGCCCCGGCUGGGUGAACUACUUCCUGCACACGGGCCACCUCACCAUCGCCGGCUGCAAGAUGUCCAAGUCGCUCAAGAACUUCGUCACGAUACAGGAUGCUCUCAAACGGCACACGGCGCGGCAGCUGCGGAUAGCCUUCCUGCUGCACUCGUGGAAGGAUACGCUGGACUACUCGGAUAAUACCAUGGAAAUGGCCUUGCAGACUGAGAAACUGUUCAAUGAGUUCUUCCUGACGGUAAAAGACGCGAUCCGCAGCGGCUACGACGAGGGCUGCGGCGGCGCGUGGGGCGCGGAGGAGCAGGCUCUCGCGAGCAAGAUGUCGCGGGCGAGGGAGGGCGUGCAUGCGGCUUUGUGUGACAACAUAGACACGCGCAGCGCUCUAGACGCCCUGCGUGAGCUGGUGACCGCUACCCACCAGUACCUGCGCAGUACCCAGCCCCACAGCUCGCCGCUACUCACCACCGCGGCCAAGUAUGUGACGGACAUACUGCACGUGUUCGGAACUAUCGACGGACCAAGAGGAGGCAUCGGGUUCCCUGUUGGCGAUAGUAGUGCUGUUUGUCUAGAAGAGACAGUGAUGCCGUACCUCGAGGCUCUCAGCACAUUCCGCGCUCGGGUGCGCGACGCGGCGCGGGCGGCGGGCGCGGCGGAGGUGCUGGCACUCUGCGACCAGCUCAGGGACGAACAGCUGCCCGAGCUGGGAGUACGACUGGAGGAUAAACCUGACAGGACAGUAGUGAAGCUGGUGAGCAAAGAAGAGCUGAUGAAGGAGCGAGAGGAGAAGAAACGCAUCGAAGCGGAGAAGCUGAAGAAGAAACAGGAACUUCUGGAAGCGCAGAAGGCUAAAGAAGAACAAAAGAAGAUCCCGCCCAAUGAGAUGUUUAGAAAGGAGACCGACAAGUAUUCCAAGUUCGAUGAUAAGGGCUUACCAACCCACGAUCACGAGGGCAAGGAAAUCAGCAAGGGACUCGUCAAAAAACUGCAGAAACUACAGCUGGCUCAAGAAAAGAAAUACAACGAGUACUUAGCAUCCAUCAACACUGCUUGCUGACCAAGUCAAGUGAAGUCAAAUUUAAACCCAAUGCCUAGGCAAUAGAUUUCUAAGCUCACUGCACAAAACAUAAUACAAAACUAAAGUGGGCUCAUACUUCUAAUCUAAUUCCUAUGAUAAAAUAAAAUGCUAGCAAUAUUUCUACGGACUAAUUUAAUAACUACUUACACAUGCAUUUAAUAUUUAAAAGUAAUUCACUAACAAAAGUUUUCCAUAAGAUAAUAUGGUUGGUAAAUUUUAUACCAUGAUUUGGAGUGAUAAGAAUUGUUAUGUUUUUGUUGAUGUUUUGGUUACGGUCGCAGUAUUAAGUUUCAUGUGUACAUGCGUAUAAAAUACAUUAAAGUCUAUUUAUUGAUAAAGCUAGAAACUUAAUACAAUAAAUUUUAUAUUAUUCAGA